UGCUUUUCUCAGUUUCCUCAGAGCGGUGAGGCAGCUCGAAAUCUGAGAUGCUGUCAGACGACUAGGCAGCCCGGUCCAUGUGCACGGCACUUCUUUUUGGGCUUGUAGAUGAGUGGAUGAGCGGCUCUUCUCGUAGAUGAGUGGAUGAGCGGCUCUUCUGAAGAGUGGAAGGCAGCAGAAACGUCCUCGCAGUUAUUACCCUUCAGUCCAUAGCUAAAUCCAAAGGGUAGGCUAACUGCAAUGGAAGCUCGAAAAAAUGAAAAGAAUGAAGCCAGAGCUAAGGGUGGAAACAAAGGCUCACAGGCUGACCGACCAGAGGUCAUCUCUCAAGUAGAAAGGAUACCAAAUGUCAGCGGCCUGCCUAAGGCAGUAAAGAGGAGAGUAUACGCUCUGAAGAGACUGCAGGUCCAAAGUGCUCACAUAGAGGCCAAAUUCUAUGAGGAAGUUCAUGAGCUGGAGAGGAAGUAUUCUGGUCUUUACCAGCCCAUCUUUGACAAGAGGCAUGCGGUGGUGUCUGGAGCAGUGGAGCCUACAGAUGAAGAGUGCGAGUGGCACAGUGAAGGAGAGGAGGAUGAACUGGCAGACGAUCUGAAAAAGAAGAUUGCUCUGGAAGAAAAGAAAGAACACACGACUCCUGCCGAUGACCCCAAGGGCAUCCCAGAUUUCUGGCUUACCAUUUUCAAACAUGUGGACAUGCUGGGGGAUUUGUUACAGGAGCAUGAUGAGCCCGUCCUAAAGCAUUUGCAGGACAUCACAGUGAAGUUUUCGGAGCCUGGACAGCCAAUGAGCUUCACACUGGAGUUCCACUUUGAGCCCAAUAGCUAUUUUAGCAACACAGUCCUUACCAAAAUGUACAAGAUGAAAUCAGAGCCAGAUUCAUCUGACCCGUUUUCCUUUGAAGGACCAGAGAUAGUGGACUGUGAGGGCUGUAAGAUUGACUGGGUCAAAGGCAAGGACGUAACGGUGAAAACCAUUAAGAAAAAACAAAAGCACAAAGGUAGAGGGACAGUGAGGACGAUCACCAAGGAGGUUCCCCAGGAUUCCUUCUUUAAUUUCUUUAACCCAGUCAAAGCAACUCCAGAUGGAAUGGAUGAGGACCUAGACUUCACGCUUACCGCAGAUUUUGAGAUAGGUCAUUUUUUCAGAGAGAGGAUCAUCCCCAGAGCUGUGCUGUACUUUACAGGAGAAGCACUGGAAGAUGAUGAGAGCUUUGAAGAGGAGGAUGUUGAAGAAGGUGAAGAGGAGGACCUUGAUGAGGAGGGUGAAGAGGAUGAUGGUGACUUUGACCCCACAGUAAGGGACGCCAGUUCCAUCUUGUCUUUUGCAUGCUUUGCGCUCCACACCAUCCUCUCCCUUCUCCUCUCUCCUUCUUCUGAAAGUCCUUCCUCAAGCCCAGUUCAGACCGAGGAUUUCAGAAAGAACCUCAGCCCGCUGAGUGUAAGCAACAGUAAGAACAGAGGCAGCCACUUUGGCUGGCAGUGAAACUAAGUAAUCCGGCCCCUGGUGAACCUCCAGUCGACGCAAUACGAAUCCAAAUGCAAUGUAGGAAGUGCAUGAUUAUUUGUGCUUACGCUGUAUGGAGGUGACCUCACUGUCCAAAAUAAGUGGCUAAAUGCAACAAUUCUGUAGUUCAGCCCCAUUUUUUCUUUUUAACUGAGGCCUUUUUUGUACACUUGUCUGUGUUUUACUGGAGGUUCUGUGCAAAGAGGAUAUAAUCCUGUGGUUUUUUUCAGCUUUUCAGUAUGUCUUUAGACUAAAUGUCUUUUGUCAGCUUUCCCUUGCUGUAACUGUAGCCAUGUUUUGUGACGUUACAGACCCGUGAAUACGUCCCUGUUGUUUAUCAUGCUGUAAGUCACUCAGGGUUGUUUUAUGUCUGCAAAAUAUUUACUGAAAUAAUAGCUGUCUAGUUACAUUAUCAUUAAAAAAUAUCUCUCUGUUACAACUUAGUAAACAUGGUGUUUAUUUUGAGAUGACAUCUUCACAUCAAGUGACAAGUAACCAAGAGAAAUGGAGUCCUGUAUUAAAGCAGCUAUGAUUUACCAACAGGUCUGAGACCAGUUCAGGAUCAGUUCAUUACAGUGCAGCACGUGUGGCUACUUGGUAACACAUCUGCCCUUCAGUUUGGAUCAUUGUCAGUGUUUGAGCAGCCAAUUAGUUUGUUUGUGUUUGUUUUCUAUUUGAGAUGAGUUUUUUCCAAGUUAUUUUCAGAACAGUAGUUAUUAUCUGCAUGCGCACUGAUCGUAAAAUUAGGUUACCAAUGCAUUUGGAUUUCAUGAGAAAAACUGGUGGAAUUUCAGUUAAAUGUUCUAUAUUUUGGAUUAUCAGGAAGUUAGGGGUAGAGAAGAGUAGCUAGGUGAAUGUUAGCUAGGUGAAUGUUAGGUUCAUGGGCUUCUUUUGCACAUCAUACCAUCAUAGACCUCACUUCAAAGUUGCUGUUUGUCCUUGUUAAAUGGUGAAAGUAGAAAGUGCUGAUCAAGGAGGCAUUGUGAUCUUUCAUGUCCGUUUUAAUUUUGUGAUCAUCAUGAUGUGCACAAAUCCCUUUUUUAAAAAGUAGAUCCUGCUUGAAACAGGGCACCCACUUACACCCACUGCCCCAGUAUUAGCUGUAUGCUAGAAAUGGCCUUAAUGGGAUUCUCGUGGGAUUUAAUGCAAUAUUGUUCUCAAUUUGUACAAAAUAGUAUUCUAUUAAACAUUGUGUUAUGUGAUACAGCA